CCAGUCAUCGUAGGAAUGAGCAUCAACAUCGCUAGCAUUGACUCCAUCUCAGAAGUGAACAUGGAUUAUACCAUCACAAUGUAUUUCCAGCAAAGUUGGCGAGACAAGCGUUUGGCAUACGCUGAGCUGCCCCUCAACCUGACUCUGGAUAACCGCGUGGCGGACCAGCUGUGGCUCCCAGACACCUACUUCCUUAACGACAAGAAGUCCUUUCUGCAUGGUGUGACAGUAAAGAACCGUAUGAUUCGACUGCAUCCUGAUGGCACCGUGUUAUAUGGACUCAGAAUAACCACCACAGCAGCUUGCAUGAUGGACUUGAGGAGGUACCCGCUCGACGAACAGAACUGCACCCUGGAAAUCGAAAGCUAUGGGUACACCACAGACGACAUUGUUUUCUACUGGCACGGAGGUGACACUGCGGUGACGGGGGUGGAUAAGCUGGAGCUUCCUCAGUUCUCCAUCGUAGCCCUUCGCCUGGUGUCCAGGGAGGUCAGGUUUACCACAGGUUCCUAUCCCAGGCUGUCGUUAAGUUUCAGGAUUAAAAGGAACAUAGGCUACUUCAUCCUGCAGACAUACAUGCCCUCCAUCCUGAUCACCAUCCUCUCCUGGGUCUCCUUCUGGAUCAACUACGAUGCCUCUGCAGCUCGGGUGGCCCUGGGUGUUACAACGGUGCUCACCAUGACAACCAUUAACACCCACCUUCGGGAGACCCUCCCAAAGAUCCCGUACGUGAAAGCCAUCGACGUCUACCUCAUGGGCUGUUUUGUGUUUGUGUUCCUGGCCCUGCUCGAAUAUGCCUUCGUCAACUACGUGUUCUUUGGCCGGGGCCCCCAGCAACAGAAGAAAAUCCACGAGCGGCUGAACAAAACCAACAACGAACGUCCGCGAUAUGAAGAGAAGCGCCUGAGGGAACAGGUGGAUGCUUAUGGGAACAUCCUGCUCACCACAUUGGAGAUGAAUAAUGAGGUGAUGCCGUCAGAUGUGGGAAGUAGUGUCAGUGACUCCCGGAAUUCAGUGAUGUCAUUCGACAGCUCCGGGGUCCAAUUCAGGAAGCCCAUGGCUCCCCGCGAUGGCUUCAGCCACCACUCACUGGACCGCAGCGCCAUGCGCAGCAGGGCCAACUGUCGGCUACGACGGCGCUCCUCCAAGCUCAAGCUGAAAAUCCCUAAUCUGGCAGAUGUCAGCACCAUUGACAAAUGGUCCCGGGUCCUUUUCCCCAUCAUGUUUGGAUUUUUCAACCUAAUCUACUGGUUGUACUAUGUGAAUUGAUGUGCAUCCCACUAGGAAUCAUGGGCCAUAUUUUGAGAGCACAUUAAAUUGGCUUUGAUACAGUUGAAAAUAUGUAUACACAUGUACAAGUUGAUACAUAUGUAUAUGCAUAUUUCUAUAUAUUAUAUUUCUAUAUACACGUGUGUGUGUGUAAAUCUGAAGGACUUUUCUCCUGUAUAAAGCAUUAUUACAAUGACUUGAAUGUUUAAGAAUAAUUGCAAGAGAAACAUUACAAGCCUUUGAAAUGUCUCCUGAAACAAACGAACUAACUAACUAACUAACAACCAUCAAAUCCCUUUGGGGGAUUUUGGAACUAAAGACUGCAUGAUAUUUUUGCUAAAAAGAAAGCGAAAGCUCUUGAGAGAAGAGAUGUCUCAGAGUCUCAUUGGCUUUUUAUUGAUACUCUGUAAUCAGCGUCCUCUACUGCAGCUCAUCAAAUCAGAGGUGGAUUGUGUGUUCAGGCACCGGCAGAGUCCCUUAUAUCCAGCUUUACCCCCCCCCCCCCCCAUCUCCCAUGGAUAACAUGCAGGAAUUCUCCACUUCUACUCUGUACAGCAACCUUGUUUGGAUUAUGUGUCGUUCCUUGGAUUCUUUCGAGUGACAUUGUUCUCUUUAUGGGACAUCAGCUCUGGUACAAUGCUGGUCUACAUUGGGGCCCAUCAGGAUGGGAUGUUAGAUCACUGUGUUCCUUUCCAGAGUCAGUGCAAACUUCUCUUCAUUUCUCUUCUCAUGUUUGUUUUUAGAGCAGUUCUUUGGGGUGUUUUCAUUAUGGUUACAAAUAUGAUGAUUAUUGUAAUUUUUUGUCACUUGUUCUAGAGUUAGCGCAUUAUUAUAAAAAGACUCACAGGUAUGAAUUAAUCAUUUUGUUUGAGAAAUAGACAUAUACAGUACAUUUUGUCAUCCAGUAUCCUCAAGGACAUAGUUGGAAAAUAUAAUUGUACUCUUUCUUUAACUUCCUGUGCUUGAUUCAUCUGUAGAUACAGUAUUCAUUGCCUCAUAUCCAGAUUUGUGUUCUGUAAGGAAGGAAAGAAAGACAACUAUAGUGAAUUAUUUAAAGUUAUUCCACUAUAAAGAUGUGAGAAAAAUACUGUGCAUUAAAAAGAGAUAUCGCCAUUGUUUAUUUGUUUGAUAUUGAAAUCAACAUUUCAUUGCAUUGUGGGACCUGUUGAACUACUCGGUAAAAAAAGAAAAGGAAAAAAAAGAAAUCACCCUUAGAAUCUCGGGUACUGAUAUUAUAGUUCCUAUGAAACAUGCUUGUCUUAAAUUCAAAUUGACUCUAUUUAUUUAAGAGUUGUAGCAGGGGGGCGGGAUUAGCAAAAAAACUCAACCUCUCACACUCGGUAACACUGCAGACCCACCCACCCUUCAAAUGUCACGGAGGGUCAAACCCAGAAGAUCAGAAACAUCAUUAGAAUCUGAAGAAAGUGUUUUAAGUUUCUAGAGGCAAGACAAGAUGUGUGAUAAAUAGCCAUGAACUAAAGAGACAACCAAAAAGGCCUAUAAUCCCCAUUCAAUUUUUUGAUUUUGCUCUUAAAGUCACUCAUUUCCAUCGGCUCAGAUCCACUAACCAAUGAUAUGUCCACUGCAGGGUUGAUGCCAUGUUGAUCCAAACUGUAACUUUACAGGAGAAAAACAAUACCUUUUUUUUCAUUAUUUGGUUAUGUCUGGAGUGAAGCGGAGAGCAAAUGCAUUCAUACAUUAAAACGGGCAUUUACAGACUAUCUCCAUGUUCAAACUAGUAUCGCCUUGAUUCAACAAUGCAAUGAAGUGCAGUGCAUUUGAUAUUCAUGCUAGGGAAUGACAAAUUCCUUUAAGAUUCCUCCAAGAUUUAAAUGAAGAGAGCAGAAGACACAUUUCCGUUGUUGGCUGUAA